UUUUUAAAUCCUCAGAUUUUUUAUUACCUGCUUUUAAAAAGGGGUUUUAUAUAUGAAUAAUUACACUUUUCUAAUAAGUUAUUUUAUUUUUAUCUUUUCUUGUUCUGCGUUGCGACGAGUUCAUCGGCAUGGAGUACAUUUAUUUCUUGAACGUACCCGAAGCAACCAGGUCCCUGAGCAUUCCUGGAUAAAUAAAGAUCCAGUUCGGACAGGUAAGAAUUUAAUUAUUUUAAAGAUUUUACUAUAAUCUAAAUAUAUUCUUCUCAUUCAGGGCUUGUAUGUGAAUGAACCGACUAAGCAGGAAGAGAAGGAGCCGGUAAAAGAUAUCUACGUGAUAAAGAGUCUGCUGUCAAAUCGAAGGAUAAAAGGUCACGACCGGUGAGAUUGCACCUUCGCCAGAACCUAAUUCUGUUGAAGGUACGGGUGCAAUACCAGAGGCAGCUGCUCGGCACGCUGAUGACGAACUCUGUCCCAAAAGCCACUGAGAACAUAAGAAUCACGUUCAACAACCAGGUGCUGCGAAUCGUCCGUGAGCGUGGACCUACCUACGAUAUUCACCUCUACCAAACCUACCGGGGUCGUAACGUUUCCGGCCUGUACAGUAAUGGCAAACCGGAUCUCGAUGCAGCCACCGCAGCAGGACUUCAACGUGCCGGUGCCGGCCUCAAUGGUGGAACUCUCGUCCAGUCAGCUGAUGCUCCUGACGAACGCCAUUCAACUAAACGCUGCCUGGCCCAGAGCGGGUGACGGCAGGUCAGACGGGCCACACUCGCUGAUUGUCGAUUCCGCACCGUUGCUGUACGUGGAAAAGCUCUAGACGAGAGACGAGCAGAAGAUCGACUCGCAAGUGCACCAUUUGAUGGUUUUACGCCGCGCCGGUCAAGAGCGCGUCAACACGGUUUGCAGCAGCAACAACAUCCUCCGUAGGAACCGACCGCGUCGCGUACGAAUAUCCCAGGCGGACAAACGCUUCUCGUGGGCCCCGUCUGGAUCGUCCUUGCACCACUACAGUGGCCAGCGGGAAUCGGGCGCUGUGUACAUGAUUUCGUCAUCGUCGUCCUCUUCCGCAGCAGCUGCCUAAACAUAAUAAGAAGUGGGGGCAGCAUGUCGGGAGUAACGAUAGUAGCCGCCUUGCCUCACGCUCACCCCAAGAACAGGUCGCGGUAGGCAGUAAACUCAAACCAACCGAGUUCACCGUUGACGCUGGUGAAGCACCGCUCGAGGUAAAAUUCAAAGAGGUCUUCGUCAACACGCUGCUGCAGCACAAUAUGACCAAGAACGAGAAUGGUCACUCCACGAAAUCUACCGACAUCCCUGUGUUCGUCGAGGUCAAUUACGGUGGAUGUCCCAUCCCGAGCUACCCGUUCUGUGUGAACGUCUCAACGCCACUGGAUCCGGAAAUGUAGUCAGCGUUUGUGCCAGGGACGCUGACAACGGUGCUUUUUCUACUUCAUUAUGUCAUUAUGAAUGCCCCAACCGACCGGUGCUGUCCUGUAACAUCUUCGAUCCACGCUGUAACGAGAUUCCGACCAAGCAGAUGCCCAGUGACAACAGUGACAUCUUCCGGAUCAUGUACACUCCGUUUGGAGCUUUUCGUCACACGAUUAACAUGCUUUACGACAGUGUCCCCGUGCCGGGAUCGCCAUUUUUCUUGAACGUCAAAUCCGGAUGUGAUCCGUUGCGUUGUCGUAACUUCGGGCCAGAGCUGGACAAGGCCUGGACUAACAACCUGCUACCUUCACGGUGGAUACUCGUAGUGCUGAAGCUGGUGGUCUUUCACCGUCAUUCGGGACGGUUCGUGUGACGUACAGUAGGUGCAUGCCAACUUAUCUGGAGAGAACGAAACUACGAUUUGAUUUUCUGAGGAGCACAUUCCUGGAUCACCGUUCGGGAUCGUCGUCACCGGACAAGGUCAAGGUUCACGGUCCCGGAAUCUAACGAAGUCUAUGAAGAAGUUCCGAUCGAUAUAGGGGAAACGGAGUGCACUGAAUUGCUAUAUAUUAUAGGGAAAUAUGUUUACUGUUAAUCUUUCAAAAUAUAUUAAAAACAAAGGGGAGCCGGGGUUGGGAAGCGUUUGAUUUCAUGAUUAAUUAUAAUUAAAACAAAUAAAAUUAGCUGUGAAUGAAAAAAAAA